CCAGCUGCUCUGUCACGUAACAUUACCCGAUUCUUAAGGCCUCUUCACCACUGAAGACUUCGACUAAAAUGAGAGGCUUGCUGUUGUUGGCUCAUGUUGUCCUUAUAGUCAUACUAUGGAACUGCUGCGAAGGCAGAUUCGAAGGAUUGUUUGGAAACUACACGUAUUGCACCAAGGGCUACCGCAACGGUGAACGAAAAAAGUCGAAAGAUAGCGGUGCAUCCUCUGGGAUUGUUAACGUCAUGCCUCGUGUUUUUUGGACCAAGGAUAAAGGUGCGGGGGUAUCCUCUGGGAGUGUUGGCCUGCCUCAUGUUCUUUUGAGGAAAGACAAAGAUAGCGGUGCAUCCUCUCGGAUUGUUAACGUCAUGCCUCUUGUUCCUUGGACCAAGGAUGGCGCUGCUUACGAGGAAAAAGGCGAGAGGAGAGGAAGGAGACGCGGACGCAGUGGUCGUAGGAAGGACUAUAUUAUACCGUGCGAUGGAAACGCAGAUUGUCCAGAAAAUUGCGAAUGCCUGGCAAUUCAAAGAAACAAGUUCUGCGUAAAUGUGUGACACGAGGAGUCUCACUACACAUGCUAAUCACGAUAAGUGAAGCCUAAUAUUCACCCACAAAAGUAAUAAAUGUAUUUGUUCUUUUGUGUUAUAGCA